UUCUGACUUCUGAUUCUGUCUGAGCGUAAUCUGAAUUCUGAUAUCAUUUAACAUUUUAGAUAUUACUUUUCUGAUUUCUCCUAAAAAUAGUUAAAAUUCUAAAUACUUUUCCAUUAAUAAUUACAAAAAUGUAAAAAACGUUGUUGCUGAUAGAACACAUCGUUUUAAACAAAAACAAUUCUAUUCCAUAUCUUCUGUAUCAAAUUAAUCGUGAAAUCAAUUGCAAUUUAAGGUUUAGCUUAUCGUUUGUACUUUGUUCAUUACAACAAGUUGCAUUUCUCACAGAACAUUCGGGUAAAUAAGUAAUAUGGGUAACAAAUCUUCGUUAUUAUUGCGAGAAGAAGAAAUCGCUCAGAUUCAAGAGGAAACUGGUUUUACUCCAAAUCAAAUUGAACGAUUGUACUCACGAUUCACUGCAUUGGACAAAAAUGACUGUGGCACACUCUCAAGAGAAGAUUUCCUUAGAAUACCAGAGCUUGCUAUUAAUCCACUUAGCGAGAGGAUAGUAUCUGCAUUUUUUGCUGAGAGUCAUGAUGAUAGAGUCAACUUUUUGCAAUUUAUGAGAGUAUUGGCUCACUUUAGACCAAUAAGAAAAAACAGGGAAAACAAGUUGAACAGCAGAGAGGAGAAGCUUAGAUUUGCAUUUUCCAUGUACGAUUUGGACAAUGAUGGCAAGAUUUCUAGGGAUGAAUUACUUGCUAUUCUUCAUAUGAUGGUUGGAGUAAAUAUAAGUGAAGAGCAAUUAACAAGCAUUGCAGAAAGGACAAUCAUUGAAGCAGACACCAAUAACGAUCAGAUGAUAUCAUUUGAAGAGUUCAGUCGGGCUUUGGAACGAACUGAUGUUGAACAAAAGAUGUCGAUCCGAUUCCUCAAUUGACCAUUAAUAUCUUAAAGUGUUUGUGUGGGACUUGUGACUAAAAUUUGUUUAUGUUACAGCGGAAAUGUUUUGAUGACAUUAAAGUUAAUGUCUUGUCAUAGCUAAUCUAUUGGUUUAAAGAGAAUAGGUGCCUUUAUUUAUUUAAAACGGCUUUACUUGUGGUUUGUCUGUGUUGGUACUGGCUACUUUCGGACCAUUUGGAGAUCCUUCAUCAGGGUGUGUUUAGUGAGUUUGCGGUGAUGUCCUGUCUUAUACUAAAUAGGUGCCAGUGUAAUUACAGGCACAUGAGACAUUCCAUCAACUAUGUUAUCUGGGCUUUAGUAUGGGACCUUAUGGGAUAGGUUUUUUUAUGAUGUUAUAAUGUAUCCAGAUCAUAUUAUGCAGUUAUGAUGCGACAUAACAGUAGCUGAAACAUUCUGUCACUCCCAUACAUAAUAGGUAAUGAAAUUCAGGUAAACUUGGGCUUCAUCCAUCCAUACUUAAUGUUUGCCUAAGUGGAGACAUACAAAACUACUGGCUUUGUAUUCAAUUGUAAACCCAUUUCUUGCUGUUUUAAUAAUUUUAGUUUUGUGAAAACUAUUUGACAGUGUAAAGUUUAAUUAUAGUCAUCUAUGUACAGCAACAUUGUAUUAGAGAAUAUUAGUAAUGUUUUGUAAAAACAAACUUAAUAUUUUGUGGUGAUCUAAGUUAACCAAAAAUCAGAAAGAUUUAAAUAAAAGAUGUUUGUUUUUGUACCUAGUUGAAUACAUUUAAUAUGAGGGUAGUUGUAUAAUUAAUUUAUUGAAGCAAGUUGGUUGGUUUUAAAGUUAAAUUUGUUAUGGUUUUCAUGGUUUAAAUUAUUGUCUGGGUAAAUUAUAUUAUUAAUACCUACUAUGCUUCUUAAUUAUAUAGAAUAAUAUAUUUGAGAUAUAAAUUUUUUGGUGUAAUAGUGUAUUUAAUGGUUUUGUAAAUAUAUUAACAGAAAAUUA